AUGGGGUAUGGAAUAGAUGAGAGUGUGAAAGACAAAAGGACGGAGUUGUCACGCAAAAGUGGAUGGGUUGUCCUUGGGAAACCAAAGUCUGACGGUACCAAAGCUUACACAGAGACAGGAUUCCAAGGCCAUUUGACGAAGGUGCAAAUUUGGGGCAGAGCUCUUGAUGUGACAAAUGAAAUACAGAAACAGGUACGAGACUGCAGGACAGAGCCAGUACUCUACCAAGGUCUGGUCUUGACUUGGGCUGGUUAUGACAACAUCCAGGGUGGAGUAGAGCGUAGAGUGCCUUCGCACUGCAGCCAACACUCUUGUCCGAGCGGAUACACAGGCCCACAGUGUGACCAACUCCAAGUUGACAAGAUUCCUCCACAAGUGGAACAUUGCCCAGGAGAUCUGUGGGUGAUUGCGAAGAAUGGCACAGCCGUGGUGACAUGGGAUGAGCCACAGUUCAGUGACAAUGUGGGUAUCGCUCGGGUGGAGGAGAAGAGCGGACAUAGGCCCGGACAAACGUUGUUGUGGGGCACGUACCACAUCGCUUACGUAGCAUAUGACCAGGCAGGCAACUCUGCUACUACAUGUUCCUUCAAGGUUUAUCUGCUUUCCGAGUUCUGUCCACCUUUGGCCGACCCUGUCGGAGGGUUCCAGCAGUGCAAGGACUGGGGCUCCGGAGGCCAGUUCAAGGUCUGUGAGAUCCAAUGUAACUCCGGCCUCAAGUUCUCGCAACCAGUGCCUAAGUUCUACACCUGUGGCGCUGAAGGCUUCUGGAGACCUACAGAGAACCCGGCUCUACCUUUGGUCUACCCUGCAUGCUCAGUGGCCAAGCCAGCACAGAGGGUGUUCAAGGUCAGCAUGCUGUUCCCGACGUCGGUACUGUGUAACGAGGCAGGUCAGGGCGUGCUGAGACAGAAGGUGCGCACGGCCAUCAAUGCUCUCAACCGAGACUGGAACUACUGCUCAUACUCUCUGGAAGGAACCCGAGAGUGCAAAGAUCUCGACAUCGAAGUGAAGUGCGACCACCGAUCCCGACCUGUCAGGGACUUGACAGAAAGCAACGCUUACUCUCUCACAGCGGAGAUGCCAGUAAACAGUGAUCCUGUGGUGAACCUCAAUUCCAACCAGAGGUCAACAGUACAACGGCUGCUAGAACAGCUGAUCCUAGAAGAGGACCAACUGGACGUCCAUGACAUCCUGCCCAAUACUGUCCCAGAUCCAGCAUCUCUCACGCUCACCUCCGACUACGCCUGUCCCACUGGCCAGGUGGUUGUCGCUCCUGACUGUGUGCCGUGUGCUGUCGGUAGUUACUACGACAAAGACAGUAUGUCCUGCAAGCCCUGCACAGUAGGAACCUACCAGUCAGAGUCAGGCCAACUGCAAUGUUCCGUGUGUCCUGCAAUCGCAGGCAGACAGGGUGUCACCAUCGGUCCUGGAGCUCGCAGCGCUUCCGAUUGUAAAGAACGGUGCCCUGCUGGCAAGUUUUAUGAUGAAGAGGCAGGUCUAUGUCGUAGCUGUGGGCAUGGGUUCUACCAGCCCAGCGAAGGCAGCUUCAAGUGUCUGCUCUGCGGUCUCGGCAAGACUACUCGUACUUCAGAGGCUGUAUCACAAGAGGAAUGUAGAGACGAAUGCGGAUCUGGUAUGCAGCUGGCGCUGGAAGGUCAGUGUGAACCGUGUCCCAGAGGCUCGUAUCGCACGCAGGGAGUGGAGGCAGCAUGUCAGCCCUGCCCAACAGGUCGUACCACACCCAAACUGGGAGCAGCCACUGUCGAGGAGUGCUCUUUGCCUGUCUGUGGUCCAGGAUCGUUCCUAAACACAAGUCUCAACAGCUGCAUUGCCUGCAAGAAAGGAACAUACCAACCUUCUGCCCAACAGACUCUCUGUCUGCCUUGUCCUCCCAACACCAGCACCAAGGGAACGUCCUCGAAGAGCAAGUCUGACUGCUGGAACCCUUGUGAGAUGAAUGGUCCGGAGAUGCACUGUGACCCCAACGCUUACUGUCUGCUUAUACCCGAAACCAGUGACUUCAAGUGUGAAUGUAAGCCUGGUUACAAUGGAACGGGCAAGCUCUGCACAGACGUGUGUGCCGGAUACUGCGAGAACAAAGGCACAUGUGUGAAGGACUCCCGAGGCCAGCCGUCAUGUCGCUGCGUCGGCUCCUUCAUCGGUCCUCACUGCGAGGACAAAUCUGAGUUUGCUUACAUCGCUGGAGGCAUCGCUGCCACUGUCAUCUUCCUGAUCAUCAUCGCUUUGUUUGUCUGGAUGAUUUGUGCCAGAUCCGAACAAAGGAAAGAACCAAAGAAACUCGUUGCACAAACUCAGGACCACACUGGGUCGCAAGUGAACUUCUACUAUGGCGCAGCUCCGUAUGCUGAGUCAAUAGCACCGUCGCAUCACUCCACCUACGCUCACUACUACGAUGACGAGGAGGAUGGCUGGGAGAUGCCUAACUUCUACAACGAAACUUACAUGAAAGAGAGCUUACACAACGGAAAAAUGAACAGUUUAGCAAGAUCCAACGCUAGUAUUUAUGGCAACAAAGAGGAGCUUUACGAUAGACUGAAACGCCAUGCCUACCCAGGCAAGAAAGAUAAGAGCGACAGUGAGAGUGAAGGCCAGUAGGCGCGGCGGCUGUGCUGACAUGAUAUUACAUGAGUGUGCAUGUAUGAGUGAAUGUUUGUGCGAAUGUAACAGAUGUGUGUUUUGUAUAUGAGUGACGAGUUCUUAGUGUCAGGAGUAGAUCAUAGCUUAUUUAUAACUGUUAUAGUUAAUCAUAUUUGCCAAAAAUUUUGAAUUGUUACAACGAGCUUUGCCAUAUUUAUUUUGUACGUCUAUGAAAGAGCAAAAUUUGUUGUAACGAUGAGAGGCAAGGUGCCAGUGUACAUACGCUCAACUGUCGGUAGUCAGUCAGGGGACGCACCAUUCCGCAACUUGAACACUAAUCCCAGCAUCACCGGAACACUGUUUCUGUAUCGAUCAUUAACCGUACCAACAUUACGUUGUUUACUAAUUUCAAGAAAGCGUUGUUAUAGUAGUUUUAAGUCCGUAUAGCUAAGAUAUAAUGUAAAAAUGUAAUUUAAAAUGUUGUGUUACAGUUUUGUAAUAUUACCUAGCUCUAAUCAGUCAUAAGCUGUAUGUUGUCCUCAACCAAUAUAUGUAUACAAUAAUAUGUUGUAUUUUUGUAAUUUAAUUAUGAAUUAUAUAGAAAUAUACAUUUUUUAAACA